AUGCCUACAGGUGGCAAGAGAGACCGGAGACCUCCAAAGCAUCUGGAAGAUGAAGGGUAUGGUGAUGUUGCACAAGGAGGAAAAAAGAAAAAGCAAAGGAUUGAUGAUGAUGACGAUGAGGGAGAAGAACAGAGCCGGCGUAGUCCACCUUGCAGAAGGUUCGUCAAGACUGGAACCAAAAAAGAGCCAGAGGAUGUGGAAGAUGACAGCGAGGAUGAUGACGAGGAUGAUGACGAGGAGGAUGGGGAGGACGACGAUGACGACGAUGAAGAGGAGGAGGAGGAGGAUGAAGAGGAGGAGGAAGAGGAAGGCAAGGAAGCGGAGGAGGGCGAGCAAUCAGGUACAAGGGGAAGGAGUUCAGCGGACAGACUGCCAUCACUUGAGAAGAUCCUAGCAGAAGCGAGAGAGAAGAGCCAACAGCGCGAUGAUGCAAGCCUGCCAGCUGGGGGUGAUGAUUAUGUGCGCAAGAAGGGAAGCUCCUCAAAAGACCCGAGCUCCAAAAAGAAGAAGACACCCGGAAAGAAGGCCUUUAAGAAGAGCGCGCUCAAGCGUGGAGCUCCAGGGGCGGUGACGUCCAGCAGCCAGAUCCUGCAGAUGCAGGAGAAGAUCAGGCUGCAGAAGGAGCUGCUGGCGAUGCAAAGCACCCAGUAUGCUCCCUCGACAGCUCUAGUGCCCUUCGGAAUGCCACAGAGCCUCGCGCCUGCGCUGAGCUUGGCAGCUCUCCAGAUGCCCUCUGGAGGAGCAGCUGACCUAUUGCCAGCAAUUCAGGCCAUGGUCACGCAGGCAAUGCAAGGUGCUCUCCAAGGCGGACGUGCAAGCGUAGCUGCGCCAUCUGGUCUUCCCCCACCGAGCACCGGCAACAGCGGAGCCCCGAACAAGUACAGCACACCAAAGACAUUUAAAACCAUCGGGAGAGCUGUCCACGCUGUGUUUGAGAGCGGGUGCUCCGAAGGCGGCUUCUACACCGCGGUCGACCCCAUCGCCAAGGUGACCCGCGUCCUGCUCAAAGUACCAAAGGACGACUACGACUGGUCCGUGGGCUGGGUAGCCAAUCACGGCGACCUGUGGCAGGCGGCUUCCACCAAGCAGAUGCAGCAGCGGUCGGAGGUGGUGAAGAAGGUGAAACAUCAUCUCUAUGGUGUGUACGAGAUCCGGAAGCCGAAGGUGGACUACAACGGCUUCCUAACUGACAUUGCACCUCUGCAGGGGGACGGCUUUCGCGUCCGACAUGGUGACCCCUUCGGUGACAUCCGUGUGAAGAAGGUCAUCGGCCAUGUCUUCCUCCGAAACUGGAAUGAGCGGGUGGACGAGCUGCGUGUGUUCAUUCAGCAAGCUGCCAUUGUGGUUGCCGUGAUCGACAUCGUCAUUGGGAAUCCGGCUGAGAACCGUGCGCCUUCCGAUAGGCUGCCCAACGAUGGAGGCAUGGCUUUGCACUACGAGGCGUGCCUCAAGAAGCUCCAGUCGGAAGUCGACGCAUUCGCUGCGGGGACCGAGUACACGUUCAUCCGAGCUCCGGAGCCGUCCCUAUUUAUGAACGGGGAGGAUGAGGUGGAUGGCCUGUCCCCACCAGGCACUGCGCCGAACAAUUUGAGCACUUCAGGCAGCAGCGUCAGGACACCGCUGACUCCGCAACAUGUAAACGUGCCUCAGCCAUCGGUCAGCACUCCUGGCAACCCGGGUGGCCAGCCCGCAGCAAUUGAUCCGCAAAUUGUGUCGAAGGUACUCGCAAUGAUAAUGUCGGGGCAAGUAAAUCUCAGCCAGCCAGGUCCUUAG